AAUGACUCAAGUUAAAGUAGAUAGAAUGUGUAGUGUCUAUGUAAUUCCUGAAGAUGCACCUAUGAGUUAAUAGGAAAUAUCAAAAGCAUUUGAUACAGGGAAAUUUGAAGAUAAAUUAAAAGUAGAUAUCUAUAUUCUAUAGAUUAGGCAUUGAAAUCACUUGUUAUUUAGAUUAUACAUGAUGAAUCAUUUCCUAGAAUGGUAAUGAAUGUAAUCAAUUCACUUGUACCAUUAUCAGAUGAGACACAUUCAUUAAAAAAGAUUCUACUCUUUUAUUGGGAAGUCAUUGAAAAAACUCAUCCAAAUGGUUCAUUAAAAGAAGAAAUGAUUCUAGUAUGCAAUAGUUUAAGAAAAGAUUUAUUGCAUCCAAAUGAAUAUAUUAGAGGAAGAACACUUAAACUAUUGAGUAGAAUUUAAUUGCGUGUAUUAUUGAUCAUAAUUAAUAAAAUAGGGUAUAUUGGAGCCAUUAUAAACAGCAAUUGUAGAAAAUGUUACUCAUAAACAUGUAUAUGUGAGAAGGAAUGCAGUAGUGUGUUUAUAUGAAAUAUUUCUAAAUUUUGGAGAUGAUUUAAUAUCAGAUUUAGAUGAACUUAUGGAAAAAUUAUUAUUAAAUGAAACAGAUUUAUCAACUAAAAGAAAUGCUUUCUUAUUAUUAUUUCAUGCAAAUUAAUAAAAAGCACUUGAUUAUUUAAGCAUUAAUUAUUCAGAUGAUAGUAAUUAAUUUGGAGAUAUAUUAUAAUUAUCUAUCUUAGAAUUAUUUAGAAAGGUUUGUAAAAAGGAUCCAUAAUAAAAACCUAAAUUAUUAAAAUCUAUAUAUUAAUUUUCAAAAUCUAAAUCAGCAUCUGUUUAAUAUGAAUGUGCUAAUACACUUUUUGCUGUAUCACCUAGUUUAGCAUCAUUAAAAAUUGCUGUUCAAAUUUAUAUGUCUUUGAUUAACACUUAAACAGAUAAUAAUAUCAAAUUAGUAAUUUUGGAUAGAUUAGAAGCUGUAAAUUAAUUGAAUCCUAGAGUCUUAGAAGAUAGAACUUAAGAUUUAUCUUAAUUAUUAAAUUAAUAAAGUAUAGAUAUUAGAAGAAAAGUGUUAAGACUAUUUUAAUUGAAACAUGAAAAUGUUGUAUUAUUAGCUUAAUCAUUGUAAAAGGAAUUCCAAAAAUGCUAAAAUUUAAAUGAUUAAUCUGAAUACAAAGUAUUAAUGUUAUAAUUGAUUAAUCCUAUGAUUCAUAAAUUCCCUUAAGUUCAUGAAGUUGUAGCUUAAACAUUUAUUGAUUCUAUUAUAUGUAACAAUAAAAUGGAUGAUUAAUGUGCUCAAUUAGCUGGAUAAACACUUGUUAAAUUAGUAUAAUUAUCUGAUUAACCUAUUCAACAUAAAAUUGUAACUGCACUUUCUAAUCGUUUCUUGGAUAUUCAUCAUAUGGAAUUAUACAAAGCAACAUUUACUAUUCUUGGAGAUUACAGUGUUAAUCCUAUUAGAUCAUUCAAUUAAAUUAAAAAAGCUAUAGGAAAUUUACCUCUUGAACAUGAUAAAGUUGUUGCAAAAUAAGAAGAUGAAAAUAAAUAAGUAGUCAAAACUGUGAUAUUACCAGAUGGUACUUAUGGUACAUAAGUUAUUGAAAAGUAAGACAAUGAAGAACAUGUAUCCAAAUUAAGAGAAUUAUUAAUGUAAAACUCUUUCCUUGCAUCUUCUUUGAGUAGAGCUUUCAUGAAAUUAUUAUCCAAGAUUUAAGAAUUCAAUAAAUAUUCUAGUUAGAUGCUAUUAAUUUUCUGUUCACUCUUGCGUUAUUAUUAAAAGAACACAGCAAAAAUUGAUCAAGAUACUUUAGAAACUAUAACUUCUAGUAUAAGAAUCUUAACUGGAAAGAAUCCAUAAGAUAAAUUGUAAGAAUAAUACAAAAAAUCUGAUGUUGUUCCUGAAUUAAAUAUUCAAUUUGGAUCUCAUCAAAAUUAUGAUAAGAUUCUUAAACAACCUGAUGAUCCUAUUAUUAUUAGAUAAUUAAAAGGAAUAUCUGAAUUUAAUGAAAUUGAUUUAGCAGAUGAUGAAACAUCUAUUGCAAUUAAAUAAGAAGAAAAUACUUAUGUAUCUAGAUUAGGACAUAUAGUAUAAUUAACUGGUUAUUGUGAUCCUAUCUAUGCUGAAGCAUUUGUUAAUGUUCAUAAAUAUGAUAUACAAUUUGAAGUUCUAAUGGUCAAUAGAUGGUCUAAGAUGGUUUAAAAUGUAUAAGUAGAAUUUAGAACUCAAGGAGAAAGCAAAGUUAUAGAAAAAGCAUAAGGUGUCAUCUUACAACCUAAUUAAUCAGCUAGAGUUAGAACAACAAUAAAGUUCUCAUCCUAAGAUAUUGGAGUUGUUUAUGGAGCUAUUCAUUAUGAAAAUAAUGCAGGAAUUGAAUAAGCUUAUUUAGUAACCAAAGAAAUUAAUGUAGAUUUAAUUGAUUUCAUAAUACCUGCUACUGUUUAGAUUGAAUAAUUCAGAAAGUUGUGGGCUAAAUAUGAAUGGGAAAAUAGGAUUGUAAUAAAUACCAAUUAAAAGUAAUAUUAUAUAUUUAUAUAAUGUAGUGACCCAUUUAAGUAUGUUUAAUUUUUAGAAAAAUAAUUGAAAGCCAAAUCUAUUGUAGAAAACCAUCCAUAAGGUAAUAUUAUUUGUGUUAAUAUGUAUGCACAGACAAAAUUUGGUAUGAAUUUAUAAUUUUAUAAUUAUAGAUGAUGAUUUCUUAGUUAAUGUAAGUGCUGAAGUUGUUAAUGAUAAAUUAUAAGGAUUUGUGAGAGUUAGAAGUAAAGUUAAAGAAAUCGUUGUUAAUUUGGGAGAUAAAAUUAAAGUGUUAUAGACUAAGAUUGAAUGAA